GUUUUCUACAUCGAACGAUCAAUUUCGAAGACGCACCACCGAUGGCAGAAGUGGCGCACACGACUGGGACCCUUGUGAAUGACCGCAACCAAAGGCUGUGGUACCAGAAGCAUGUACCCCAGCAGACCGAGCUGCGUGGUUUGCUGGUGUUCCUUCAUGGCAUUUUGGAGCACUCGUCGCGAUACAACGACCUCUUGAACACAUUUGCCUUGACUGGCUUUGCAGUUUACGCGAUGGAUUACGUCGGGCAUGGUCGCAGCGAAGGCGAACGCGGGUACUUUGAUCGAUACACAGAUGUCGUGGACGACGUGGACCGCCUUGUCCACUUCGCUAAGGAUGAACUCAAGGAAACACACCCGAACGUGAAAUCGAUUGUUGUGGUCGGGGUCUCAUUUGGGGGGCUUGUCGCGAAUCUCACGUUGCUGAAAAAGACUCAUCAAAUUGACGCGGCUGUCCUAUGCGCCCCCGCCAUCAACGUUCCACGUACUCUGACGCUUAACAUCCAAGCGUACUUUGGAUCUGUCUUGUCGAAUACCUGUCCGACGUGGCGCGUCGUGCCUGGGGUGAAAGUGAGCGACUUGUCGGCAGAGCCAGAUGUGCUGGCCGCACGAGAACAGGACGAUCUCAUCACAACUGGGCACCUUUCUACCCGUGUCGGCAACGAAACCUUGUUGGCGUUUGACCUCGUGGACAAGCUGAAGCACUCGAUUACUCUUCCCGUGUUGAUUGUUGUGGGCACGCUGGAAAAGGUCGUGUGCCUCCGCAGCAUCGAAACGUAUCACCACGAUAUUGCGAGUCAAGACAAAGAGCUCAAGGUAUUCGACAACAUGGGUCACUUGCUCCUGAACGAAGCCAACCGCGGAGCCGUAUACAACCACAUCACGUCGUGGCUGACGUCGCGCUUUGACCUCGUUGCAUGAAGCGUGCAGCAUCGUCGCCAAUAUCGAGCAAAGUCCACUCCCGACAUUCCUGCCUAAUAAUGUAUAUGCUUCAAGUGAGCCAUCGAAUGUGAAUGCCACCAAGCUGCAUGUAGAGGCGGAAUAACACUGGAAUGACGUUCUUCAUGCA